CAUCAACAAUUUAUUUUGUUCCUCUUCGGUCACCACAACACAACCCACCAGCUUCCACACCCUCCCUCUCGUCUCCCACAAUUCCACCACUGCUCCUCUUCCCUCUUCCCUUUCCAUCUCUCAAUCUCCUCACGCCCUCUCAAUAAACCCAUAUCAACUGAAUUGUUGUCUCUUCCGCUGCACAAGUACAAUUCUUCGUAGCUGUCGCUUGAUCGCAAGUUUCCAAUUUUUGUCUCCGAUUCCGACAUAACCCACAAUGUCUGCCAAAGCGAUCCUCGAAGCUGAUGGCAAGGCCAUUCUCAACUACCACCUCACCCGCGCCGCCGUCAUCAAGCCAUCCCCUCUCCCAAAAUCUACCACACACAACCCUCCCUCGAAACUUGCCUCGCUCUACUUCCCAGCAGACGCAGAGGUUGCGGCGAUUCUCGACCAGGCCGAGGUUUCCUUCCCAUGGCUGCUACAGCCAGGUGCCAAAUUUGUCGCCAAGCCAGAUCAGCUCAUCAAGCGUCGCGGCAAGAGCGGUCUGCUCGCCCUGAACAAGACAUGGCCUGAGGCGAAGGCAUGGAUCCAAGAGCGUGCCGGAAAGCCCCAAAAGGUCGAGUCCGUUGUCGGUGUCUUAAGGCAGUUCUUGGUUGAGCCAUUCGUGCCUCACCCAGACGGAACCGAAUAUUAUAUCAACAUCAACUCCGUUCGCGAGGGCGACUGGAUCCUUUUCACUCACGAGGGUGGUGUUGAUGUCGGCGACGUUGAUGAGAAGGCUGAGAAGCUUCUCAUUCCCGUGGACCUGAAGGAAUACCCAUCGAACGAGGAGAUUGCUGCCACUCUCUUGUCGAAGGUGCCAAAGGGAAUCCACAACGUUCUCGUCGACUUCAUCACCAGACUCUACGCCGUCUACGUUGACUGCCAAUUCACAUACCUCGAAAUCAACCCAUUGGUUGCCAUCCCAAAUGAGGAUGCCACCUCCGCCGAUGUGUUCUUCCUGGAUCUGGCUGCCAAGCUCGAUCAGACCGCUGAGUUCGAGUGCGGUGCCAAGUGGGCUGCUGCACGCUCGCCAGCUGCUCUCGGCAUGACCGCCGUCAAGGCGGCUGAUGGCCGCGUCAACAUUGACGCUGGCCCACCAAUGGAGUUCCCAGCGCCUUUCGGCCGUGAGCUGACCAAGGAGGAGGCAUACAUCGCUGAGCUCGACGCGAAAACUGGUGCUUCGCUCAAGCUGACCGUCCUUAACCCCACCGGCAGAGUCUGGACUCUUGUCGCUGGUGGUGGUGCGUCCGUCGUCUACGCUGACGCCAUCGCCAGCGCGGGUUUCUCUGAGGAGCUCGCCAACUACGGUGAGUACUCUGGAGCGCCCACCGAGUCGCAGACUUACCACUACGCCCGCACUGUCCUGGACCUGAUGCUCCGCGCCCCUCCCACCGACGAGGGCAAGGUCCUCUUCAUUGGUGGUGGUAUUGCCAACUUCACCAACGUCGCCUCCACAUUCAAGGGUGUCAUCAAGGCCAUCCGCGAGUAUGCACCAAGCAUCAUUGAGCACAAGGUCAAGAUCUGGGUCAGACGUGCCGGACCCAACUACCAGGAGGGACUUAAGAACAUCAAGGCUGUCGGCCAGGAGCUGAAGCUCGACAUGCACGUCUAUGGACCGGACAUGCACGUCAGCGGUAUCGUGCCUUUGGCGCUUGUGCCGGGCCGCUUCGAGGCCAGCGACGUGAAGGAGUUUGGCUCUGCCUAGAGCUCAGGUUUUGGGGAUUAACAGUAAUAAAUGUACUUGAAAAAAUUGUCCCAUGUUGGACCAUGGGUCUGCAUGUGGCGGAUAUUUGCUCUGAUGGGGCGCCUGCAAUAGAUACUUCCUAAUGAUAAAGACGAUGUGAGAUCUGUACUGUUACGAGUACUUUCUGCCACAGGAGCAGUUGGGGCCUUUUUUUUGAUGAGAUAUAUAUAUAUCACGUGCUGUGAGGA